AUGCACCCUUCGCAAUCUUUGGUCACAAUUCGGGCGGCUAAGCACCCCACUCCUCCCCUACUGUAUUCUGAUAGUUUACUUGUUAUGUAUCAUUGA